GGGCCCGGCGGGAAGCCUUCAUGGUAGUCGGCGGCGACACCGGUGGGCCAUUGUAGCGGUAGUGGCGGACGCGUGCUGAUCUGUCGAGGACGCGCGCUCCUGCGGGCCUCCACGGCAGACGACGCUGUCUCUGCAGCAUUCAGCCGACAUGUUCGUGACACAGUGAUCGAGACGACAGUGUUAGGUACCCACCAAACGCCCCCGUCACGACAGUCAUUCCCCACAGACUAGCUGAUUCGACAGAUCUCUGAACAGCCACUGCCAUGGAGUCUGUGACACUGGCGGCGUGCGGCGCACCGGAGGGCAUCAGGACCGAAGUGUUGCUCCAGGCAACCGCUGCGGAUCCGGGCAACGAAGAGCUGGGGGUGGCGACCUCCGUGCACGGGCCGUCGAACGAGGUGGCGGCAGAAUCGGGCGAAGACCUGACCCCGGAAACCAUCCGUGCCGCCGAAGAGCGCUUGGACAAACUUUCGUUACGUAGCGUCUCUCUCCCGGCGGCCCCUGUCCUCGUGUUCUCGAUCGACGGCCCUAUCAAACGUUUCGUCGAGGUACCUGACGACAGCCCUCCGCGGAAGUCUGACAGACAGGACAAUGGUGGAGAUAGGGAGCCACUCAACUUGAAGAUGUGGAUGGUGAAGAACAUGGCGGCGCUGGGCUUGGCAUUUAUGGUCCAUUACAUAGCGAUGAAGGGUGCCAAUAACCUGCAGAGCUCUGUCAAUGCGGAGGGCGGUCUCGGCACCUCGGCGCUCACAGCUUACUACUCCGCAUUUAUUUUCUCCAACGCAUUCUUGCCCGUCAUCAUCAUAAGGUGGCUGGGCUGUAAGUGGACGAUGGCGGCGGGCAUCUUGGGCUACGUGCCGUACAUGGCGGCGCAGUUCUGGCCGUCGUUCUGGACGCUGGUGCCGGGCGGCCUGCUGGCCGGCCUGAGCGCGGGCCCGCUGUGGUGUGCGCAGAGCACCUACCUCAGCCACGUCACCGGCCACUACGCAGACGCCACCCCGCCGGCGCCGGGCCGCCGCGACGCGCUCAUGGUGCGCAGUUUCGGCGCCUUCUACAUGCUGUACCAGAUGAGCCAGGUCUGGGGGAACCUCAUCUCCUCUGCAGUGCUGUCCUUGGACGACCACGCUAGCGAAGCGGUGGCGCCCACGACGCCGGCGUCGCCGACGCCGCGCUGGUCAGGGGCAGCAGCGUGGCCGCGGUCGCCACUCAACGCGACGCAACCCAAGGAGGUGUGCGGCGCGCGCUUCUGCCCCUUGGCGUCGCGCGGGCCCGAGGCUCACGGGCCUCCGCUAGAGGUCUCUGGCAUAUUCGUCAUCACCGCCAUCUUCAUCGGCUGCAUCGUGGCCGCCUCCGCUACCGUCGCCAUGUUCGUAGACGCCAUAGACAGGAAAAAACAAAAUGACAAAGGAUCUUCAGGUGUGAAGCUCUUAGUAACAACAAUGAAGUUAUUGAAGAACCGCAAACAACUUCUCCUCCUCCCAAUAACAAUGUGGCUUGGUGUCCAGGAUGCUUUUGUUUCUGCUGAAUACACAUCUGCAUAUGUUACGUGUGGAUGGGGAAUCCAGAACAUUGGAUAUGUGAUGAUAUGUUUUGGUGUGACCAACUCAGCUUCAGCACUGUUACUUGGAUGGGCCGUCAAGAUCACUGGCCGCCUACCCAUAAUGGUGACAUCAUUUGCCCUUCAUGUGGCCAUAUUAGCAACAUUAUUAAUCUGGUAUCCACAUCCAACAAAUCACACAGUUUACUUUGUCAUCGCUGGUCUGUGGGGAAUUACAGAUGGGGUGUGGCAAGCACAAGUCAAUGCACUUUAUGGACUCACCUUUCCUGGGAAGGAGGAGGCAGCAUACAGCAGCUUCAGAUUGUUUGAAUCACUUGGUUACAUAAUUGCCUACAGUUACAGUGCAUGGCUUUGCACUUACAUAAAAAUAUAUAGUGUGCUUGGUUUGUUAGUCCUUGGAUUUGCUGGGUAUCUAGUCAUUGAAAUAGGAGUGAUCCACAAACAAAAAGCUCUUGCAAGUAGUUAGUGGUUAAAAUUUAAAAAUGAGUAAUAGCUGUAACAUCUUGAGCUCAUGUACUUCAAUCAAUGACAACUGUUUUUACAGUAAAAUAAAAUAAGUUGUAAGGAUUUUCUUUAUUAGAGCCACUGCAUGGUAGGUUGUCAUUGUAUAUCAUUAUGAAGAUGUCUUUCAGUUUAUUUUGUGUUUGUAGAGCCUAAAAUGUUUUUCCCUGAGUGUCAGCUUUCUUGCAAAGAUAUUAUUAAAUGAAAUGAGAGGGAAAAAUUUAACAUUGUGGUUUCACUAUGACAGUGCUCUUUCAACAUCUUAAAAAUAUAGGUAGCCAAAGGCAACAGACAGUAGUUUUAAGUUAUAUGAUGUAAUUUGUUAUUUUAUUACCACUGCUGACUUUCAGUUGAGCUGUAUCUGCACCUUUAAGCACCACUGAUGUAGUGUUACUUCCAUGUACAAUUGUUUAAUUAUAUUUAAGUUAAUUUUAAUUUUAUACUUAAUUUUAAUAAUAUUGUGUGAAAAUGUUAGUUUAAUGUCUUUCUUCUGUUAUCAUUACAUCCUGCUUAUUAAACCAUUUAAAUAUGAUGAAAAGGCCAGAAAUUUCAGUUACACACUGUCUCAGAAAAAAAUCAGUCCACAAAAAAUUCUUAUGUACUCAGAGACUCAAAAUGAUGAUUAAAUAUUACACAUGAGUAUAAUUAAUGAAAAAAGCAAAUUGUUAUGUUAAGGAUUGAAAAUGUGCUUUUCAAUGCUAAACUCAGUCAGCAUAGUUAUGCAUGUGUAACACUGCCAGAAUUAUUGCCAUCAGUAAUACUGUAUAUAGUGAUGAAAUCCUUGAGGCCUGUGUGAAGCUACAUCCCUAGCCCUCUUCACUGACACUCUCCAGUAUCAAUUGACUUAGGCUAGUAUUCAAUCCUAGACCACCAAAAUUGUAAAUGGAGGUUUUCUAAAUAUACUGGCAGGAGAUGAGACACUGUUAUUUCUGUUAAUUGUUUAAGCAUGUGUAUCUCUGUGAUAAUUUGUAAUGUUGUUCUAAAUGUGCCUAAACCAUUUAUUCUGAUAUCCUUGUACUGAUAAAUUAUAAGUUCUUGAAGUAAUAAAAUAUUUAACUCUUUCUUAA